AUGUUCUUCAAAAUUGCUGUAGUCUGCUCGAUUUUGGCUAUUUGCCAAGGUGGUGUUAUAGACGAGGGCCACGGCCAUGCUGUGUCUUCCCAAAGCAUCGUUCGCCAUGACGAGCCUUCUCAUCAAGCAACGGCACAUUAUACCCCAGUAUUGAGUCAUGCUGCUCCAGUACUGACUCACGCAGCCCCUUUGAUUCAACAUGCCGGUCCUAUUGUUCACGCCGCCCCCGUGGAACAUUCUUCGUAUAUACAUGCUUCGCCAGUAGUCCAACACUUCAGCCCUGUGCAACAUGCUCCAGUCGUGCACCACGCUGCGAUUCCAAUUGCCGUCGAACACUCCGAUCAUGUCGAAGAUCAUGCUCCCGCGAAGUAUGAGUUCUCAUAUUCCGUCGAGGAUCCCCACACCGGCGAUCACAAGUCCCAACACGAAACCCGUGAUGGUGAUGUCGUGAAAGGCGAAUACUCUCUACUCCAGCCUGAUGGUUCCAUCCGCAAGGUCGAAUACACAGCUGACCACCACAACGGAUUCAACGCUAUUGUACACAACUCCGAGCCUGACGCACACGCUGCACCUCCAUCGCCGGCUCCUGCUGUCCACGCCGUCCCCGCAGCUCAUUCCGCUCCAGUAGUCCAUUCUGCCCCUGUGAUUCACUCUGCUCCAGUGCUUCACUCUGCCCCUGUAGUUCAUUCAACCCCUGUGGUUCACUCCGCUCCCCUAAUUCACUCCGCUCCCGUGGUUCACUCCGCUCCCCUAGUUCACUCCGGCCCCGUUGUCCACACAGCGUCUCUGUACCACGCCACUCCUCUUGUACACUCAGCUCCUCUCGUGCACGCCGUACACGCUGCACCAGCACACUACAUCGCCGCUCAUCAUUGA